UAUAUACUUUGACGUUUUACGGUUUUAUACGUUCAAGCAUAGAUUAUACACUUAUACGUUCAACUUUCAAGUUUCAAUUUUUGCUUCGAUGGAAGUCAGAUUAACAGGGAGUAUAUUAUGAACAACUAAUGUGAUAUUCUAAGAAAUAAUAGUGAACUAUCGAAAAUAAUAGUAUAAAAAUGUCAAUGUUUCGUAAGCCGAAGAAAAUUCAAAGGCGUGUAUUUUGUGCGGACGAUGACGAUGACGGAGACCCUGAACCACCGCCGCCGCCAAUUAUUAGCAAUCAGACUAAAAAGGAAAAGCCUGUUAAAGUCACUAAGCUUUUAAGUUUUGCAGAUGAAGAAGAAGAAGAUGGAGAAGUAUUCCAAGUGAAAAAAUCUUCACAAAGUAAGAGGUUGGCAAAACGUAGAGAGAAAGAGAAAAAAAAGGUUCCCGAUGGUGAUAAUGAUAAAUUUGACAAUCAUAGUGAUGAGGAAAAACAACAAGAGGAGGCUGUGAAAACGAAGCCUAAGAAGAAGAUUACACUCGAAGGUCUGAUUCUAUCCGGACGGGAGGCCCUCGCAGCCGACGCUACGGGGGAUGUUUCCGAUGAAAGUGGCACAGAAGAGGAUAGUAGGGGUUUCCACAAGUACCGGGCUGAGUCGGUGCGCGCGGCGCUGGCCGUGGCGCCCGGUCACAUUCCCGACGCGGCGCUCAUCCACGCGGCACGCAAGACCCGACAGCAGGCUCGGGAGCUUGGAGACUUUGUGCCCAUACAGUCGGAAGCCCCUCCAGGGUCGAGACUUGUUCGAGAUGAAGAUGGAGAUGACGAUGAAGAGGAAGGCAGGAUCGUUGUCCGGGGUCUGGAACUGCCUAGUGACAAACCAAAACGUGGCACAAAAGCAGCACUCUCUGAUGAAGAGAUCAACAGCGAAGCAGAAGAAUGGGAGGAACAGCAAAUGCAGAAGGCUGUUCCUUCUAUUGCUGAUAUAACUGGUGAAGGCAUCGAGUUGAACCCGUUCGCGGUGGCGCCCCCUCCCCCGCGACUGGGCGACGCGCCCGCGCACCUGCGGCCGCUGGCGGCGCCCGGCCAGCCGCCGCCCGCCAGCGCGCACGAGCUGCUGCGGGCGCUGCAGGACAGGUUGUCGGAGCUCAGCACGGACCGCGAGGCGACGGCCGAGAAGAUGGCGGUGUGUCGCGAGAAGUUGCUCUGCGCGGCGCGCACGCGGGAGUCGCGCGCCGCGCGCACUUCCGAGCUGGACGCCGCCUACCGCCGCGCGCAGGCCGCCCGCGGGUACGUCACCGACCUCGUCGAGUGCCUGGACGAGAAGAUGCCGCAACUGGAGGCGCUGGAGGCGCGCGCGCUGGCGCUGCACCGGCGCCGCUGCGAGUUCCUCGUGGAGCGGCGCCGCGCUGACGUCCGCGACCAGGCGCAGGACGUGCUCGCCCUCGCAGCACGUCCCGGCGCGGCGAAGCCGGUGGACAGUGAAGAGAAGCGGCAGCGGACGGCAGAGCGCGAGGGGCGGAGGCGGGCGCGCAGGCUGCGGCGCGAAGCGGCCGGCACUGCGCACGCGCACCGCGACGGGGACUCCAGCGACGACGAACUGCCACCCGCGCUGCGGCACCACUGCGCGCAAGAGACCGAGGCGAUCCGCUCGCUGUCAGCUCGCCUGUUCGCGGACGCGCUGAGCGCGUGGCGCUCGGUGCGGGGCGUGUGCGCGCGUAUGGCGCGGCUUCGGCGCCGCCAGCCCGCGCUCUACGCCGACGCCUACGUGGCGCACUGCCUGCCGCGCCUGCUGGCGCCCUACGUGCGGCACGAGUUAAUAUUGUGGAAUCCAUUAGCUGAUGAAGACAAUGAAGACUACGAAAAAAUGGACUGGUACAAAUGUCUGAUGAUGUACGGCGUGAAGUCAGAACCUCUAUCGAGCGACUCUGACCAGUCGUCGGAUGAAGAGACAGAACCACCCGAGGUCACUGAGGACUCUGUCAGAGACGACCCCGACCUCAUGCUGGUUCCAACUAUCAUUGAAAAGGUUGUGCUUCCUAAGGUCACCGAGCUGGUGGAGCACGCGUGGGACCCGAUGAGCGUGCGCGCGUGCGUGCGUCUGCGGCGCGUGCUCCUGCGCGCCGCCGAGCUGCCCGGCGCCACCGGCGACCCCCCGCGCCGCCUCGCCGCCGCCGUGCGCGCGCGCCUCGCCGCCGCGCUCGCCGCCGACGUGUUCCUGCCCGCGCUGCCGCCGCAGGUGCUGGAGGGCGCGGGCGGCGCGUUCUGGAAGCGCAGCCUGGGCGGCGGCGUGCGCCUGCUGCGGGCCGCGCUGGCGCUGUGCGCGCCGCCCGCCGCGCUCGCCGCCGACGCGCUGGCGCUGGCGCUCGUGGAGACGCUGUGCUGCGCGGCGGGCGCGGCGCCGGGCCCGCAGGCGGCGGCGGCGGCGGCGGCGCUGGGCGCCACGCUGCCGCGCGCGGGCGCUCUGCGAGCUGCCGCGCUGCGCAGGCUGGCCGCGCUGGCGCGCCUGGCGCUCACCCGCCUGCACUCCGACAACCCCUUGCACUUAAAAGCGCUCGAGCAAGCAAGAGGCGUUCUAGCAGAAGCGAAGGCCGUAGAAUGACGCUUUCAGGAAUCCGUUGAAAUUUUUAUUUCUACUAGACGCUACGGCUUGUUGCAUCUAGGAUAAUAUCAAUCUUACUUUGUAAAUGCAAAUGAUGGUAUUCAUUAAAUUAACAUUACAAAUGAA